UUGGAACAUGGCGGUACGCGAGCCUAGUCUUGCACCUUGGUUACAUUUCUUUAUACGUAUUCAUGAAACUUGAAAUAUUAUCGUGUUAUGGAUAGACGAGAUUUUAAGAAGGUUGCCAGCGAAAACGGACUAUCAAAUGCAGUGAUGAAAGCAGAACGAUAUUCUGCACAAGGUCAAAAUGCCGACCGCGUCCAGGCGAAGCGGGCAAUUUUGCAAGAACUUGGCGCAGAUCUGUCAAUACGUGCGGAGAGAAUGCGAUUAAAGACACGAAUUCUGAGCGAUGGUUCUGCAAGACAUGACAAGCGGUGCUCUGGACUUUACAGACCUACACAAGUAGUACCAGGUGUCCAGGGCCUCAGGGAUGUGGUCAACAGUCCGACCAGGAUCCCAGUGUCACAAGCCAGGCAGAGAAGGCGGGAUAAGGAGAGAGGCUUGAACAAGCAGCCCAAAUCAAACAUCAACAUACAGAACUACAGGCCUGAUUAUACAUGGAACAGAGGAGGACGUGUGAAAGAACUGAGAAUAAGAUGCAUUGCAAGAAAGUUCCUACAUUUGUGGAUUAUAAAUGUAUUUGGAAGAGUAACUCUCUCCAAAGCAAGAGCCCAUUUCAACAAUCGCCUGCUGAAGAUGACGUUUGGUGUGUGGUAUGACAUGUGGUGGGAACUGAGGAAAGAAUGGAGACUGCAGGUUCGGGCAGAGUGUCAUCACAGGUAUGUGCUGUGGAACCACAGUUUUCAAGCCUGGAAAUACUUUGUGCAGACCCAAAGAGUGAAGAAAGCAAAGUUCUUCAGAGCUUGUCGUGAUGAUGAUGAUGAUGAUGGUGGUGGUGGUUCAGAACGAGAUGAUGAUGUUGACUGGGAUGUGCUUCAUCGGGAAAGCCAGGUGAUGCGCUGCUGGGUGCAGUAUGUACAUCAGAGAAGGGAGGUCAAGCAAGUACAGGAACAGGCUAACAACUUCCGGAGAGGCUGUCAGUUAAGAUGGGCGUGGCGGCAAUGGCAGAUCGAGAUAGCUCUCUCACAUGAGAGACAGGAAAUGGAUGGCAUUGCUCUCCAGUUCUGGGCAUACAGGUUACAAGCUCAGCACUGGCUCUUGUGGCACGAGGCGUUCCAGAAUCGACAGUUGGACAAGCAGAAGGCCCUCCAUGCAUAUCGGCACCAGAACUCUGUCCUCGCAACCCGCUGCCUCCAUGCCUGGAUCUUGUACUACAGGACGAGGAUGGAGAAGAAGAAGCAUUACGCGUAUGCUGCUAGGGUGUACCAGACCAUGCUGAAGUCCCGCUACCUUCAGCAGUGGCAUCAGCAUCUCGCUCUGCGUCAGUCCCUGGCCCGGCACCAUGACCACAUGCAGCACCUAGCCUACAGGUUCACGCUGCGCAGAUCCAUGCAGCACUGGAAACGGUAUGUGUAUGGGUGUCGGGCAGCCAGGAAGAAAGAGAAGACAGCUGACCAACACUACAGACACCACCUGCUGGUUGUUGGUCUGAGUGCAUUCCGGCUGUAUGGGGUACAGCAGAGGCUUCAGGCCAUGCGACAACGGAUGGCUGAACAGCUCCAUCACAGACAGGUGAUGAGGAGGGUGUGGAGUCAGUGGCUGAUUCGAUGUGAAACACACGAAGAACUGAAAAUGAUGCCUCAGACACAGAAAGCCAGGAAGCAUUACAGCUGUGUGCUGCUGGGAAAGAGCCUCCAGGCCCUUCAGAACUACGCUCAGUGGAGACACCACAGGAAGAGCCAGUACAGUCGAGCCGACGCCCACUUCUACCUCCAUGUCAUGCCCCAGUGUGUGUUCAGGAUGAGAGUCUUUGUCCAGAUGGAGAAGAACAACCGGGAAUAUCAGGAGAAGGCUGUCCAGUUCAGACGGGAGAGUUUAGCAGUGAGGUUCUUCACACAGUGGCAAAAGGCACUGGAGAAUAGCCGGGAGCACCGCAUGCUUGAGAGAAUGGCAAUUCUUCAUGACGAGGACAACACAGCUCAGAGGUUUUUCCGCAUCUGGCGAGGUCGUACAGUGGACAGACUGGAGGAGAAUCAGAAAACAGAGUUAGCUGGGCAGCACUACUGUAUCUCACUCUGUGUUCGGCAUCUCAGGGCAUGGAAGAGGCAUAUAGAUGACCUGAAACACAGUGAGAUGAAUGAGGUGAAGGCUGUGAGACACGGUUAUCUGGCUGUCAUGAAGAAGUGCUUUACCAAGUGGAAAUCAUACAAUAUGCAUCGGAAGGAAAAACAUUGUCUCAAACUGAGGGCUUCCACCCACCUGAAGGUGAAACUGUUCAGGAUGACCAUUACACACUGGAAGACCUACGUUGACCAGGCAAAGAAGGUCAAGGUCAUAGCUGAUGAACGCUAUCAACAGAAAUGUGUUGAACAUUUGAGGUGGGCAUUUUGCCUGUGGCAGGAGAAUGCCGGUCUCCAAGUGGAAGAGAGACAUCGAGAGAGCCAAGCAAGUGUCCAUCACAACAGAUACCUGCUGGUGAAGGUACUGAGGAUCUGGCACAGGUUUGCUGCCAUCCAUGCAUACAAGAAGUCUGAGACCAAACACCUAGAGGAAGACGCCAGGACGGAACUCAAUAAAAGUAAGCUGCAGCGGUACCUGCGGCGAUGGUGUGACGCCAGGGAUGCUGCUGUCAUUGCACGACUCCGGUGGCAGCAGGCCGUGGAACAUCAUCAAAACGGUGUGAUGAAGGCUGUUGUCUCACAGUGGAGGGAACACACCACACUGAACAUCAGGAAAACUCUUCUCCGGAGACAGAGUACCUGGUUUCUGAAUGUCCGUCUGACAGCCAAGUCAUUCCUGCUGUGGAAGGAGAGGAUGUCGGAGUCCGAGGAGAUGAAACAGAAAACAGACCUUGCUCUGUGGCACUGGUGCCUUGUGCUUCUCAAGAAGAGUGUGGUGUCAUGGUACGUGUACAGUCAGGAGAGACGUAGGAAGAAGAAAAGGGUUGCAGAGGAGCUAGAGGGGAGACGACUCCGUCUGCUGCGUAGUGGUGCUGCGCAGUGGUUGCGGGUCUCAAAUGACCUGGCAGGGAUGAGAGCCAAGUUUGCAGCACAACAACAAGCUAAGAGUGUAUUUGACACAUUCCAAGUUGUGCAGAAAUGUGCCUUGCACUGGAAAUACAUGACAGCUCGUAGACGGGAAGUGAGGGGUGGCCCCCUGCCCCUCGACCCCUACCCCCUGUCAACCCCACCAACCUCAACCUCCUGACCACUUUCCUCUAUAAAGACCAGCUUCGCACAACACCCUCCAGACUUCCAUUCCUACCCUUUACAGCCCAAUGCCCUACCCCCAGAGGCUUUAGUACCCCACCCUCAGAGAGCAGGUGCCCCUCUACCACACCUGACACAGACCAUGUCCCCAUGUAGAGCUCAUCACAGACUGGAGAUCGGACAAGGUGAUGGGCCUGCACCAAUAUCGCGGAGGGAGAGAGCUCGGCCAAGAAAACCUGCAUUCCUCAUUGAGUCUCUGAAGAGAGCAGGACUGUAUGCUUCAGUGUAUGAAAUGUCUGAUGUGGCUGAGCAGGGAGAACCAUCUGCUGUAUCACCCCUUCGUCAACUCCACACACCCCAGCUACCGACCUCAAAUACCUCAACUGUGCCAAAUCUGACAGUAUUGGGUACACACACAUCGCCACCACACACCACAAUGCUGCCCCAGGACAAGAUGUCCAUCCCAAGUCAUCACUCACACAGGCCUAAGGUAGUGCUGGAGAUGCAGGGUCAAGGGCACAGCCCCAGGGAAGUGCCAGAGAUGCAGGGUCCAGGCCCCAGCCCCAGGGUAGUGCCAGAGAUGCAGGGUCCAGGCCCCAGCCCCAGGGAGAUGCACCAGAGGGAGGUGCAACGACACAGCCCUAGGGUGAGGCCCCAUGAUCAGGGCCCAGACCAUAACCUUCACCUCUCCAGCACCUCAGACACAGAAUUUGCUCCUCCUGCCAACUUUGUGUCCCCCUCGUGCAGUACACAAAGGUCACAGCCGUCAGGUAACCCUCUCCUGUACUCCUCCCCAAAAGCCGAGGCCAGCAAGCGCCAUGAGCACUACACAGACCAAUCUUGGAGACCAGAGAGGAACAUCAUCAGCGGCAAUCUCGACGACAAGGGUCCCGGAAGAACCAUGCUCCUCACCCCAGAUGAUUUCAUCAAAAGGUCAGACAGACCGGAAGAGUUCACACCCAGGAAUGGGGACAGAGUGUCAUUUGACUCCUCCCAGAGCAGGUGUCACGAGCAGAAGGGGACCAACAUGUACCUUGACCUCUCCACUGUUAGAGAUGUAAAGCAGUCAGAGGUCAAGGUCAGUCUGUCUCCAGCAGAAGAGAUUGUUCAGAUCCGUGAUCAGUUGAAAUCUUUUGAUGAGAUGAAGAAGAGGCUAAGGAGGCUGACAAAGCAACACCGGCAGCUGGCUGGCUUGUUGAAGGACCAGGAGGCUGGAGAUGAAGCUGAUGAGGAUGUGGUCAAUGCAAGACGUGAACUACACGAUCUGUCAUGUGAGAUGGAGGAACUGAGAGUGGCAGUAGAGAGGCAGAAGGGGCAUGUCAACAGCUGGUGGGGAGAGCCAAGCAGUUGGUGCAGCAACUGGACAACAGCACAUAGCUAGUCACCAGCGACUAACAUGACUCCUAAACACAGAGCAAAGAACAGAGAGAACUCUCUAUACUUUAAUAAUUGCCACAUCUAAAUAAAGUAUUCACGUCUUCUUGUAUACUGUAGGUGACAUUACACUGACAAGGGUAGUAACCAGAAUGUAUGUUAUUUGGUCUUCCAUGUACAGUACACACUGCAUAGGGAGGUGCUAUAAAUAUGACCAUAUUUGUAUAUCGAUUCUCUGUAGAUACUUGUACAUCAAUAAACAUAUAAACCACAAA